UGUAUCCACCACCUCACAAAAUUUUGUGGCUCUCCUGAGUCCUUAGAAGGGGUUAGAUUCUGCAACUAAAGCUCCUGAACCCAUUUUGAUACUAUCCAACCAACUCCUUUGUCCACUUUGAACCUCUGAAAACCAAACAUGGUCGCUGCUACAGCUGCAGCUGCUACUGCUACUCUGCAUCAACUGUUCCACUCAUCAACACGCUGCACAUCAAACGUGAGAUCGUCUUCCCAAUUGCCUUGGUAUAAUUCAUGCAGCAUGCUUUUGUUCAGUAGAGACAGAGAUCACUGCAACCAGUUCUGUAAAUUGAAUGGUGAAAUUUCGGGACACCACCGGAUUCUGGGUGUGGUUUGCAAGGCGGCGUCCGAGGAAGGCAACAUUGUGGAAGCCGACAAGGAUGGUGUCUCUCUUGGGACAAUGAUAUUGCCCAUGGAAACUGAUAUUCCCAGAUUCGAAACUCUGCUCUUCCAGUGGGCGAACAGUCUCUGCCAGGGAGCUAAUCUUCCCCUUCCGGUGCCAUUGAAGGUGGAUAAAAUCGAAGGUGGAGCUAGAUUAGGAUUCAUCACAAUUGGAGAUGGAGAGACUCAAGUUUUGGUAUAUAUUGAUUGCAUAGUUUUUCCAGCAACUGAAGGGUCUGGUCCAAUUUUCCGAGCCAUAAGAAAAGGACCAUUAAAAGACAAGUCACCUCCUGGCGAGCCAAGAAUCAUGAGAAGUCUUUUGGAAGCCCUAAAAAAGUCAGUUCAAAUUGCUAGAGUUUAAGCUUCAAAAACACAUGUAUUCUAUUUGAAUGCAUUUAAACUUAGUCAUAAUAUGGCUAGCAGCAAAUUUUACCUUUCUAUGCAAUGUAUAUAUAGAAUGAUCUAAUAAACCAAUGUUAAAUGUUCAAUUGUUAUAAGAAAAUCCGGUCCUUACUUUA